UGCAGUGUAAGACUCGGAACAUCACCAGUCCAUUCAUUUUCAUCCAACUCUACAUCCCGGUGUCAAGCCAGAUCUCAUUAUGGACCAGCCCUUAGAUCUAAGUCAGCGAGAAAAUACAGACAAUCCAACAACGAACAGAAUGGAAACUGAUGACGUCAUAUGUCCUUAUGUUAAUUGCACGUGUCCAUUAAGACACAUACCACCAAUGGACAUCCGUCGAUCUCCUCACUUCGGACAUUUGGGACAUAUUGGAAACGUAAUGACUCCAACCACGCGUGCACCUUUCGGGUAUCUUCCUGGAUUUUACACUGACGCAAUGUUAAUUGAACCAAAUGCAAUGUAUUUGAAUAAAAGGAAUCCAAAUAACAUCGUUAGUGACUGUCCAGGUAUGGGCCAUCCAAAGAGAAGAAAGGUUGAGGAGUGUAAAAACACUGUGUCAAAAUCGUGUGAUGACUCUUCAAAUUUAAAAACAUCUUUGUCGCCAAAGACACGUUUUUUUCGUCCAGGAUUUCCAACGGAAAACGGUGAAUCAUCUUUAUCAUCGCCGUUGUCAUCAUCCCCAACGCCAUCACUUUCAUCGUCGACAUCAUCAUUGUCGUCAUCGUAUUCUCCUUCAAGUAUAAAUUAUGAGAAAAAAGUCCAUCUUGAUGAAAAGAGUUUGGGGACACCUAAACGUGCGUCACCACCUGCCAUAAUUGAACCGAAUGACGUCAAUAUGGCUGAGGACAGUUCCGCAGUGAAUGAUAGUAUUUCAGUACAGCGUGAACGUAGCAAAACAUUUAGUUACAUGGAACGGCUACCUAAGAAACGAUUUGCUGGUCGUCUUUUGUCUCAGGAUACGUCACCUAACGGUCCAUUUAAUACUAACCAAUUACCGACCACCACAGCUGCAAGCUCUGAAACGAUGAAAUUGUUUAAAAGCAGUUCCGACUGUGACGUCACAACAGGAAACGAUAAGAAUCAGUCAAAUGAUGGACCAAAUAUGGACAUUCCGUCUCCUUCCGUUUCUCCCGUUGACAAGGAAACUCGUACAAAGGUAAAACCUAGUUAUGAUGUUUCUACUUUAAAAGCAGACAUGAUACGCGAAAUUGACGAAGCCGAAAAGCGGGAAAGAUGCCCUAGCAGGCAAAAGACGACAUAUAUAGGAUACGGAAGAAGUAGCCCUAAUGAAGCCAAGUUGGAGGACAAUGGAACGAAACUACGAGAUGACACUGCAGAAAAUCCCGGUGGAGUGCGCAUGACAGCACUAGAUUAUCUUAUAUCUAAAACCCUGUUACAGCGUGAGGACAGGCCUUAUAAGGCGAGAAAUCAUCAUAUACACCAAAUUAUACGCGGAGAAAAACCCGGUAAAUUGUGUUUAAUGGACAUUGUCGAGCUCCAAGUGGAAAUAGGUUUAGCAUGAGGUAUAUGUCUUAUUCAUGAUGGAUAUAGACAUGAAAUUACGCAAUAGAUAGGAAUCACAUUUAAUGUGCAUGUUAUACAGGAUGUUAUGAUUAAGACGAAUUCGAUCUUAGGGAUAUAAGUUUGGAUGUUCACGAAUAAUUGUCUGUGGUAGAAUGAUAUUUUCAUGGAAACUCAGUCUUAUACGACAAAACCCGAGAAAAAGCUUACUGGUCAGAUGAGACGGGCAAAGAUUUUACAGAAAUCAGAAUGAGAAAAUAUUAUACUUCCGGUAUAUAUAUUUGAUCAUAAGAAA